AUGACUGACAUGUCAAUGGAGGCGCAGGACGCGGGCCAAGCUACCGUCUUCCCGCACUCAUUGAAGCUGGAGAAAGGUACCAAGAGGGUGCAAUUUGUCAGGAACUUGAUUAGGGAGGUUGCUGGAUUCGCUCCCUAUGAGAAACGUAUCACUGAGCUUCUUAAGGUUGGAAAGGACAAGCGUGCACUCAAGGUCGCCAAGAGAAAGCUUGGUACUCACAAGAGAGCAAAGAAGAAGAGAGAGGAGAUGUCAAGUGUCCUUAGGAAGAUGAGGUCUGCUGGUGGUGGUGGUGCUGGUGACAAGAAGAAAUAGAGAUGGG